AUGACUAAUGCCGGAGUCAGUAUUCAUAUCCCGCUUGUCAAUACAACCGAGCACAAAGUGGAUUGUGGGAUACUUGCGUAUAGGUACCCAGAUGAUGUCCGUGGACCAAUUGGUCUCGAUCUGCGCUAUGCUGGUAUCAAUUCCGAGGUAGUUCAGACUUAUGUGGUCUUGGGCCACGAGCAUAGCCGAUUUCAUUGCAAAUGGCUGUCAACGAUUGACCAGGAAUCUGCAAGUUUAGCACAGAGAAGACCGGUCAUGCUUCUUCGACGGCAAGAUCUGCAACAUUCGCUAUUCAUGUGGGAUCGAGGACGGAGCACAUUUAGAAACACACUAUUACCUACCACCUUCUUCCUCCCAGAGGACUUUUUAAGUUAUAGCCUCCCGUUUCCUGGCAACCUAGAUGCCGGUGCCAUCCAGUUUCGAAAACAGGACCGUUCUUUCCUUGCGAUGUUUGGGCUGAGAGAGAGGAAUGGUCUACAGAAGCCCUAUCUGCGCCUGGAUUAA